AUGGAGGAGUCAGGGGAGUGCCUUGACAUGAUUACCUUGCAAGAGGUGGGUGGUGUCUCCGCGCUUCCAGUUGUACAGAACUAUGGUGAUGGCAUUGCACAGAUCACGAUGCAUGAGUGCAACGAUAUCCAUGACUAUCACGUCUUUUCGUGCAGUGAGCUUUCUUCACACCUGAGUCAAGUGAUCCUUGUUAGCAAAGACUGUGUUGAUCACAUCAGUGGCUGCUGGAAGGGAGAUAGACUUUUGGGUGUGGAUAUCGUUUGCGCGGGCUCGAUGAGACGUUUGAGCUUGGUUGGUUGCCACCUACCCCAUCGCGAUAAUUCAGACGAAGUUUUUCAGGCCUCCCUUAGGGAGAUACAAGAACUACAGAGACGCAUGGACAGUCAAAAUAUCCCUUGUGUAAUCAUGGGUGACUUCAAUGCUGAGACCUCAAGUAUUCGUGGCAUCCAACUGUCCUCGACUGUGUCCGGUCGCAUCCUUCAGAGUUUUCAGCCGACGCGUUUUGGGAGGUGCUCAGAGGCAGAAUUGGACUUCUUCAUGGUGAACAGAUCCAUGAAUGACAUCCUCGUACCCCAAGCGGCCUCAGUUCAGGUUGCUACUAUCAAACAUUCGCACCUAGCUCUUGGUAGUGAUCAUGACUGUGUUUGCUUGGAGCUUGCUCUCAAAGAUCCAACUCACCCCAUCAGGAGGGCGAAGCGGAAGCGAUAUCGGCGUUUUAAGUGCCGCAGACACAGUGUAGCGCACGAGCCUUUGCAUGCUGAGCUUCAGGGAGCAUCGGCCACCUUUGCUCAGCAGACCUUGGUGCAGCAAUGGGAGACUCUGUCGAGACUCUCAAACCAACACUCCUUUGCAAGCCCCAGCCUCAAGUACAGGGAUCCUCCUGGUAUUAAACAGUUACGUCAAGAAAGACGAUUGGCCAGUGAUCCUUUGGAGAGGGCUCGGGUUACCAGGGUCAUCAUUGCUGCUAGGCAUGAAGCCAGGCGUAGGUGGAUGCAAGACCUCUACGACAAGAGUGAGCAAGGAGAUCCUUCGGCUAUAAGGUACCUCAAGCAUCGUGGUUCUCAGAUGCCCCCUAACACUGAGGACUUUGUUGCGAAGAGCGGUGGCGAACAGGCGUCCAUCGACAAUGUAAAACAGCACUACUCAAGACUGUUUGGGAAUGAGCCCACUCCGCUUGAAAGGGAGUCGUUGAAGGGAUCCUUGCAAACUCUUCUCGAACGUGAAGCUCAGUGCCCGCCAGAACCUUUCACCGCAGCUGAAGUGCAGCCAGCUCUGGACCGCCUGAAGCGAGGCAAGGUUUCAGGUAUGUCUGGUAUCAGCAAUGAGUUUUUGCUUGCAGUUUGGCGCAACGAGGAUGGUCAAGCCAUGCUUUUAUGUCACCUCAAUAACCUGUUGACGUCCCAAGAUCUUCCGCCCGAUCUACUUCAGGCAUAUGUCUGCCUCAUCCCUAAGACUCACUACAUACUUGAAUGCAAGGAUCUUCGGCCGAUCAAUUUGCUCGAAGUACUUCAUAAGGUCUUCGCAUGGCUUUUGAUCUCCCGCCUGCAACAGCACUGGCCGAAACCUGGGUUGCAGCUCGGGGGCCUUGCCGGCUCGCAGGUUGCGGACGCUUUGCUAUGUGCACACUCAAGGGUCGCGAAAGAGAGUCGGGAGCACACAUACGGGGUUUGGAUCAGCUGCGACGUGCAAGCGGCGUUCGACUCUGUAUCCCAGUCUAAGGUCGCGGCCUUUGUAGCUGCCUUCAGUCCUGAUACCCUGGGUGCCGAAGCGCAUCGACUUUUGCAGUUAGUCAUGGGGCCCAACCUGCACUUUGUUUGGAGGGGAGAGAGUUGGUCGCAAGGCCAGUCGACAGGAGUGCAACAGGGUGGUUCACAUUCAGCGUUGCUGUUUAGUUACGUCUUGGGCCUUGCGGUCAGUCAGCUGGAUGAGACGUGGGCGCAUCGGAAGGAACCCUGCUGGCAUGAUUCGUACGGCUGGGCUUAUGUAGACGAUAUGAUGUUUAACUUCGUCAGUUGGGAGCAGUGCGACCGAUGCUUUGCCGACUUGUGCUCUGUGCUACAUGAUCUUGGGCUUCGAUUAAAUCUGCGAAAAACUGUCGUUAUGUCGCAUCCCAAUGUUCUUCGUUUGGGCAAGUCGUACAAUUUUCGGGAGGGUUCGGUGGUGCCACAACUAGCCUGGGAACGCAGUGUCAAGUACCUAAAGAAGCCCCUGAUGCACUUUGAUGCGGAUGUUCACAAAGAUUCGACGGAGGCCAUGCUUCAGCCGAUACAUGGUGCAGCGCAUAUGGCGUAUGAGAAACUGCAAAGGGCGAUUCGCAAGGGCUGUUGGACUAAUCCUAAAGGAGUACUGCGUCUUCUCAACUGCUAUGUGGGUGGUGUUUGGUUUUGGCUAAGUCCGUUGCUUGAACCCCUCCAGCAAUACCUCAAUGCCAUUAGGACUUUACAAAUCACGAUCUUCGUACUCAUGCUUGGGCUCUACAUACCCAGCUCGUGCAACCACAACGCCGCUAUGCACUUGCACCGGCUCCGACGUCGAGUCGCCCUGCUGGUUCUGGCACAGUGUCCCCAGCAUGACUGGUGUUGCAUCUGGCUGAAGCGCAGGUGGUUGUAUCUUGGCCACACUCUAAGGCAACCACAGUCGCACAUUACCCGUAAGGCAAUCGUGGCUCUGAACUCGGUCAAGGCUGCAGUCCCGAGCCCGUGGUCACAUAUUCUCUCCUGGGGUAGACAGCAACUUCAACACAGUACGGGGGGACCAUCAAACUUUGAUGAACUACAACAUCGAGCUAGCAACAAAGAGGCCUGGUUCAAUAUGAAUACUGGUGACAUGCUAGGAUGCCAGCCGCAACACCCGAUCGUGCACAGUUGUGAUUUGCAUCACUGGAGAGAUGCUCUGCGAGUACAGACCGAGUGGCGCUUAGGAGCGUCCCUGCACGUUCUGACUGAUGCUGAGACGGGAUCUUUUCAGGUGACGGUUGGAUGGUUGAAUGAAGUUGAGGGGAUGCAGAGUUUUACUCGUGUUGGUGAGGUCCAGCAUGUCCUUCACUUGUGGUUACAGUAUCUACAGUUCGAGUUUGCGGGCAUCAAUGUCGAGUUCUUUCUUGAGCAGUGGAUAUUCGAGGCUUUCACUUCUGAGCUUAUGCAGCUUCAUCACUUAGUCUUCAGAGAAUAUAGUAAGAUUUUCACCUUUCAACUAGUAUCCAGAGAGAUCUCAGCGUCAAUGCUCGCUCUGCAGUAG